UGUGAUUUCCAAAUUGCAGUUUGGAACGAAAAUAAAAACGUGUGGCAACGGUGUGUGAUUAUUUAACAGUUUACGAAGAGGCUUCUUGGUUUGCAAUAACGAUACUUGUGGUUUAUAAAUGAGACUGGUGAAUUCGUAGCUUUUGUAGAUACAGUUAUAGCCACGUUGAUUCUCAGAAAAAUGGAGAUCGGAACAUUGCCAACACUACUUGGUAUCCUUACCGUAAUUCUCAGCCUCUACUACUACUUUCUACGGCUCACCACCUUCGACUUCUGGCAGAGCCGUGGGAUACCAGGGCCUCGUCCAGUUGCGAUCUACGGCAACCUCAAGGAAAUAAUAUUCGGGAAAAUGUCAGUGGGCGAUCUAGUCGUGCUACAGUACGAGAAACACAAGCACCAGCCGAUGUUCGGUAUUUACGCUAUGCGCUCGCCAAUCCUAGUGAUCAACGAUCCCGACCUCAUCAAAGACGUCCUGAUCAAGGACUUUGCGUCCUUUGCCAAUAGAGGCGUGCGUAUUUUUGAAAAAGUUGAGCCACUGUCAGCCAACCUUGUGAACCUCGAGGCUGCCAGGUGGAAGCCACUCAGAGCCAAGCAAACUAUGAUGUUCACUUCCGCCAAGCUAAAGGAGAUGUUCUACCUGUUACUGGAGUGCGCUGAUCAUCUCGAGAGAGCCUUAACCGAGGACAACGACGUGGUUGAUGCUUGCGAGGUCACAGCUAGAUACACGACUGACUGCAUUGGUGCGUGUGUCUUUGGCAUCGACAUGAAAGCUCUCGAGGACGAUGAAAGCGAUUUCCGCAGAAUCGGGAAGAAGUUUGUACAAUUGGACAAGUGGAGGGCUUUCAAAGUUAGGUUCAAGCAGAUUUUUCCGGGACUGUUUAACCAACUAGGGUUCAUCAUGUACGACCACGAGAUCAAUGACUUUUUCAUCGGAACCAUGAUUAAAACGAUGGAGCACAGAAGGAAGAAUAACAUCAAGAGGGGCGACUUUGUCGAUCUGCUGAACGAUCUGAAGCAGAAUCCGGGAAAGCUAGAAGGAAUUGAAUUGACGGACGAGUUGCUGACUGCUCAGGCGUUUGCUUUCUUCUUUGCUGGCUUUGACACGUCAUCUUUGACCAUAAGCCACGCUCUGUACGAAUUGGCUAUCAAUCGGUCUAUUCAAGAUAGAGUUCGAAAAGAGAUAGAAAAGGUACUGGCAGAGUACGACGGGAAAUUAGUCUACGAAGGCAUUGAAAGCAUGAAAUACUUGCACAAAGUGCUUAGCGAGACUUUGCGAAAGUAUCCGGUGACACCCAUUUUAACGAGACAAUCUAUGGAUAGUUACUCUUUUUCGACCGGACAACUGACAAUACCAAAGGACACGAGAAUCUGGAUUCCGAUAUAUGGUAUUCAUCGAGAUUGCAGCAUUUAUCCAGACCCAGAGACUUUUGACCCGGAAAGAUUUAGCGAAGAGAAUAUUAGAGAGAGACAUUCGUCACAUUAUUUACCUUUCGGUGCAGGACCAAGAAAUUGCAUUGGUGCGCGUUUCGGCAACUAUCAAUCAAAAGUCGGAUUAAUAACUAUACUGAAAAACUUUAAGGUGGAUGUCUGUGAAAAAACUCCCAUUCCCUAUGUCAGUAAUAGAAGACGGUUUCUGAUCGGUCCAGCUGCAGGGAUACCCUUGAGAUUCACCAAAAUAAGUUAGUUUUUUGCUAUGCAUUUGAACAGCAAGAGAACACUUGUGGAUACUGAACAGUGGAUAUCUUUUUUUUUUUUUUUUUUUUUUUUAU